AUGGAAGAAAUUGAAGCUACUCCAUUAAGUUCUUUAAACGAAGAAAAAUCCCUCAAAACAGAAGAAACCCCUUUGGAAAAAGAGGAACCAAUUAUUGUCUAUAAUUCAAAUUUGGUAGAAUUGAAAAAUGCUUGUGACGAUUAUAUUCAAAAGCUUUUCGAAAGUAAAGCUAAUUUUCGACAAAAUCACACCCAUACUGAUGUUAAGUUGGUGUUAGGAUAUUUGGCAUGUGGUUUCGCCUUGUUUGGUGGAUAUUAUGGACAUAAGGUACCAUUCAAUGAGGCAAAAGAUGUGACUCUCAUGUGUAUAAUUGCGUAUUUUUUAUUGAACACAUUACUUGUAUUAUACUCCUUUAUAUUUGAAAAAGAAAGUAUUUUUGUAGGAGAAUGCGAUGAGAGUGACAAAAAACAUAUAAUCACAAUUCAAACAAAUACAAAAAGAUAUUCUGAUAUUUAUAAUAUUAUUUAUGAAUAUGUUGGGAAAGAAAAACAAGGUUCUUCUAUUAAAAUUAGAAAUGCUAAAUUUACGCUUUCUAAAUCUUUUGGAAAUUGGUUUGAUGUUAAUGGUCAAAUGGAUACUGAAAGAUUUGAAAGAGAUUUAUUUGAAGGAUUAGACAUUGUUAAAACUGGAAAUAAACCACAUGAACAAUAA